UCUCGCAAGAAACCCAUUUCGUCCCCGCAAGAAACCGCAGCAUGCGCUGCGGUCUUAAAUUAAAGCCUUAAAUUUCAGACGAGAAUUCUCGCGCAAGAAGUCCCCCCUCAUUGGAAACACUUUCGGAGAUUAGAAGUCAGUCAUGCGCCAGCCGAGCGAACGUCAACAGCUCAUCAAAGACAUCUUCUUGAUCCUAGUUUUCCUCGACCUUGAAGAUACAGAUAACCAUCUCGAUCAAGUACUCAACAUCCCACAACAACCUUCUUUUGGGUCGAUCUUAUUCCCUAACAACCCGAAUCUUCAGCUUUCUUGCGAUAGAUUUCUAGGCGAUGAGGCGUGGCUGGAGGCUCUGCUACAAGUAAUCCUAUCCUGCCGUUACUUAAACGAUCGUUCAUCACCGAGGACUCACGGUAAUUUCGACCUGGAUAGACUUUUCAAUAUGCGUGACGAAGACUUCAAGCAGUCGGUUCGGACCACAAAGGAGGCCUUCUUGUGGUUACUCGACCAGAUUUCUCUCCACCCCGUUUUCCAUAGUCAAAGUCAUCGUCCUCAGCUUCCGAUUCCUCACCAACUGGCACUGACACUAGAGAGGCUUGGGUCGAAUGGCAACGGUGCGUCGGUUGGGAGAUUUUCGCGUAAUCUUACAGUCGGGCGGGGAACAGUCAUCAAAGUCAGUCGACGAGUCAUCGAAGCAAUUAACAGCCUUUCCUCAAAGCACGUUGUGUGGCCUGAUCGGUAUCGAAGAGCAGAAAUCUCAGAGGUCAUGAAGGACGAAGGCUUUCCUGGAUGCGUUGGAUUUGUGGAUGGAACGACAAUACCGCUCCACCAGCGUCCCGGUCUUGAUGGAGAAGUUUAUUGGGAUCGGAAAAAAAAAUAUUCGGUCAACUGCCAAAUAGUAUGUGAUUGUGAUAGGUACAUCACCUCGUUUACGGUAGGCUGGCCAGGAUCCUGUGGCGAUAGUUGGGUGUUCCGCAACACAAAGCUUCACACUCAAGCGGAAGCAUACUUCGAUGCAGGUCAGUUUCUUAUAGCAGACUCCGCAUAUGGGUUGUCCUGCACAACUAUACCAGCAUACAAAGCACCCGCCUCAAACAAGCGAGAAAAUGCCGAUUUCAACUAUUGCUUGGCUAAAUCGCGAGUCCGGAACGAACAUACGAUCGGAAUCCUGAAAGGUCGGUGGGCAUCGCUUCAACAACUGCGAUUGCAUCUUCACAAAAAGUCGCAUAUGAAAGAGAUAAUUCGUUGGGUUAGCUGUUGUGUGACCUUACACAACAUGCUAUCUAAUUUGGGCGACGCUUGGGAGGUGGUUCAUAGGUGGAACGGAGGCGACGAGGACGAGGAAGACGAGGUGGCACCCCUGACUGAUACUGAGAGUAGUCGAAGGAGAGCCGAGCUGUUUCGCAAUUGUGUACAAGAAAAAUGCCUGGCCUUCCAUCGCAACCAGGGCACAAUUUAACCCUUCACUUUUUGUUUUCUCUUUAAAACCCUUUGCUCUUUGUUUUCUCUGUAAAUGAUAUAAAUGUGUGUUGUUGUAUUUCAUUUCUUUCUGAUCAAAUCAAAUCAAUUUCAUUUAAACCA